GCAGUUUUUUGGGUCGUCUUCCAAAAAGCUUCAAUUCACGAGCAUGGCGUUUUUCAUAUUGAGAGUUCCGUCUUCCCCAUGGUGGGUUACUCCGUUUAUGCGAUUCCGCCGCUUCGAGAGCUGCAACAACGACAAAUCCGUUAGAAUUAUCAUCCACCGCAUCUCAUAUUCAUCUUGCGCCGCCGCCGCCAGCACCCCCCAAGCUAGCCAUUCGGAGACGUCACUCAAAUGGGAACCUUUUCGCAAGAAGAAAGUUGUAAUGCGCGUGGGUUACGUCGGUUCUGAUUACAGAGGUUUACAGAUUCAGAAAGAUGAACAUGCUCUAUCCACCAUAGAAGGGGAACUAGAAAAAGCUAUUUUUAAAGCUGGUGGAAUCAAAGAUAGCAAUUAUGGUGAUUUGCACAAAGUUGGGUGGGCAAGAAGUAGUCGGACGGAUAAAGGGGUUCAUUCAUUGGCAACCAUGAUAUCCUUAAAAUUGGAGAUCCCAGAAUUUGCCUGGAAAAAUGAUCCUAAUGGUUUUGCUCUUGCGACUUAUGUUAAUUCUUAUCUUCCUGACAACAUAAGAGUUUUCAGCAUCUUGCCUUCACAAAGGAGCUUUGACGUCCGAAGAGAAUGUAGCCUUCGUAAAUAUUCAUAUCUUCUCCCUGCUGAGAUUAUUGGAGUAAAAGAGAAUUUAACAUCUGGUGAAGUUGAUCGUCAUUUGUCAGAUUUCAAUGCUAUAUUGAACACUUUUGAGGGAGAACAUCCAUUUCACAAUUAUACAGUUAGAUCUAAGUACAGAAAACAGAAGAGAGCCCCUUCAGGAAAUGGUUCCGUAUCAAAAAAGGUGACGUCGCCUGACAUGCAAAGUUUCUCUGAGUCAGAAGGAGGGGAUUAUGAAGAAGAUAUUCAAGAAUUUAAUGAUAAAUCUUCAGCUGGAGUAUUUGGAGAAAUUGAAGGCAACUCAAAGGAAGAAAUUCUCAAUGCACCUGUACAUGCUCGGUGGUUGCAUGAACCCGAUGACAAGGACAGGAUCAGUGCUUCACAUUUCAGAAAGAUUUUUCAGUGUUGUUGUAGGAAGUUGGAGCAUUUGGGUGGUCUGAAUUAUGUAGAAAUAUCCAUUUAUGGAGAGUCGUUCAUGUUGCAUCAGAUACGCAAAAUGGUAGGAACUGCAAUUGCUAUAAAACGUAAUUUACUCCCAAGAGAUGUUUUGAAAUUAUCCCUGUCCAAAUUCUCACGGAUUAUCCUACCUCUGGCUCCAUCUGAAGUACUGAUAUUGAGGGGAAACAAUUUCGUCAUCAGAAAACGACCAGGAAACUUAACGAGGCCCGAAAUGUUGACUUUGGUUGAAUCUGAAGAAAUCCUCAAACUGGUUGACGACUUUUAUAGUUCUAUCAUGCUGCCUCACUUGUCUAAGUUUUUGGACCCUUCAAAGUCACCCUGGAAAGACUGGCUAGAGAUUUUGGAUGCAAACACGAGCAUCCCUGAAAAUCAGUUAAACGAAGUCAGAAUGGCUAAGAAAACAUGGAAAGAGGACUUCGAGAGUCGAAAGAGAAUCGCGAUUUCGUAAAUAAUCAAAGAGUUGGAUUUCAAUAAAGCUGACUUAGCCAAACGAGCUAGUCUGCACUGGUGUUGUGUUUGUCAUGCACUUGACAUAUUUUCGGUUGAUAACUUCAAUCGUGAGUGCGUGUUUCUGAAAGCUCUAUGAGAUGCCUAAGCACACAUCCAGCCAUCCAGACUGUAAAAAUAAUGCGCUAUUCUUUCAUGAAGGACAUCUGCUCGGUCUAAAACAUGCAGCACAAUUUAUGCAUACUUGGUAAGUAAAACCUGGGAAGCAAAAUACCCACAUGCAUAUAUUUAUUUAAAAGUUAAACAUCCAUAAAGUAUACAACUUUGUAGAAUUGUGGGACCUGCAUACAUUCGAAAAUUGAAAAUUUCCAUUACCAUGGUGGUGAAUUACUGGUAAAAGCCUCAUUAACAUUGUAUAUAUAAUCAAGAACAAUAAUACUACUGUUUGAGUGGCCUAAUAGUUAGACAAACCUAUUUUUUUCAAUAGGUAAUAUGAUAUGCCACUCUAAAAAAAUAGAAACAAAAGUAUGACAUUUUAUUGGAUAAGUAUACAAUUU